AUGGACUCGCAGCUAUUGUGCUAUAAUUGCCGAAAGCCAGGACACUUCAAGGGGAACUGUCCUCAUCCUAUAGUGAGCAAGCAUCAAGAUAACAACACUACCACAAGUCCCUCAAAAGAGACUGGAGAAAGAUAUAAAAGGAGCGACAAGCCCGAAUCAUCAAACUCCAGAAAUGAAGGAAGAAGGAAGGCGAUGGUAGUAAACGAAACUUCUGACACAAUUGCAACCGAAAGUAGCUCCUCAAGUUCGAGCUCAGAAGACGAAAACACUGAUGAGGAGAAAGGAUUGCUGUGCCUAUUCAGCCAGGUGUCAGACGAACUGUGCCUCAUGGCAGAUGAAGAUGAGGUAAACUCUCACUCAUUGUCUUGUUAUUCAGCUGAGUCAAAUAUGAGUACAGGAAGCGAAAGAACAAUCACUGAGGCAUUAGAAGGGAAAAGCGAAAUUCUCAAUGAUCCACUUGUAACCGAGCAAGAGUUUAAUCAAUUUCUUGAACAUUCUCAACACAUACAGAGUCUUCUCCGUGACACAACUACAAAUGAGUCAAGAGAGUCAUUUCACUCUAUUGGCAACCCUAUAGGGUAUGUCAAGGAAGAUAGUGUACUGGAACGAAAUGGCAGUCUUAACUCCUCAUCCUCAAGCACUUCUACUAAGAUGGCAUCUCCUCUCAAAUCCACCGCAAGCAGCAAGAAAAAGAAGGCCUAA